AUGCCGUCAUUACAGGCGGCGGCGGCUGCGGCCGUCGACGAAGCGGCGGCGAGCUCCGGCAAGGGGGGCGGUGCCACCACCCCUACCACCUUGCUGGCUCUCCUCCAGGACACGUCGCCCGAGAAGCGCGGUACGGUGGCGGAGGAGAAGAUGGAGUGGCUCCGGUCGCAGCUCAUCGGCGAGGACGUCGAGUUCGACACACCGUUCGGCCGCCGCCUGCUGACCUACGCCGACCAGACGGCGUCCGGCCGGAGCCUCCGCUACGUCGAGGACUACCUCGUCAGCGAGGUCCUCCCGUUCUACGGGAACACGCACACGGAGGACAGCCACGUCGGGAAGAAGACGACGCGGCUGAUGCACAGGGCGGCGCGGUACGUGAAGCGCUGCAUGGGCGGCGGCGCCGGCGACGCGCUGCUGUUCUGCGGCGCCGGCACGACGGCAGCGAUCAAGCGGCUGCAGGAGGUCAUGAGCUUGGCGGCGCCGUGCUGGGAGACGCGCGGCCGCCUCGCGGCGCAGCUCCGGCGGGACGAGCGGUGGGUGGUGUUCGUGGGGCCCUACGAGCACCACUCCAACCUGCUGUCCUGGCGGCGCAGCCUGGCCGACGUCGUCGAGAUCGGCCUCGACGAGGACGGGCUCGUCGACGUCGCGGCGCUCCGCCGCGCGCUCGGCGACCCCGAGUACGCGGACCAGCCGUUGCUGGGCUCCUUCUCGGCGUGCAGCAACGUCACCGGCAUCGUCGUGGACACGAGGGAGAUCGCGCGCGUGCUGCAUGAGCAUGGCGCCUUCGCUUGCUUCGACUUCGCCGCCAGUGGCCCUUAUGUGAAGAUUGACGUGAAAUCCGGUGAAAUUGAUGGCUAUGAUGCGGUCUUUUUGAGCCCACACAAAUUUAUCGGUGGCCCUGGCACACCCGGCAUCCUUCUUAUGAACAAAGCACUAUACCGUCUCCGUUCUCAGCCUCCCUCAACAUGUGGGGGUGGUACUGUGAACUAUGUCAAAGGCUUAAGUGAGGAGGAUACACUGUACUAUGAUGAUAUUGAGGAGCGAGAGGACGCUGGUACACCAGCGAUAGUACAAAAAAUCCGUGCAUCCCUUGCAUUUUGGAUCAAAGAGUACAUUGGGCACGACACGAUGGCCCUACAAGAGCAUGUAUAUACUGAGAUGGCAAUGAAAAGGCUCGUCAACAUUCUAAAUGUCAAAGUGCUAGGAAACACGUCCACCAACCGGCUGCCAAUAUUUUCAUUCCUCGUCUACCCUCCUGUGCCAGAUUCAGUUUCCGAUGUGGAUGAUCGACUAGCGAUCGUGAGGCGCAAAAGACUCUAUAAUAAUUCGGAUCAUAUCUCUAAUAGACUCCCCCUCCAUGGGCGACUUGUCACCAAGCUUCUUAACGAUCUCUUCGGCAUCCAAGCAAGGGGAGGUUGCGCUUGUGCAGGCCCUUACGGCAACAUCUUUCUCGAUAUUAACCAUGAUCUAACUCUUCGCAUCCGCUCUGCAAUUCAUGAGGGCUAUCUUGGACUCAAGCCAGGAUGGACCAGGUUGAGCUUUGCUUACUACCUCUCUCAAGAGGAGUUCAAAUUCAUCCUCGACGCCAUCGAGUUUAUAGCAGCAUAUGGCCAUCGCUUCCUCGUGUUUUACAAGUUCGAUUGGAGGAGCAGUAACUGGACAUUCAGUAAACAGGCAGCAGCAAAGGAGUUAUCUGCUGCCACUGAUGUACUUUUAGCUGAAGAUAUACAGUUCAAAGAUGAUGAUGAAUUGGACAAUGAUAAACUCGAGACUAAUCAAACGAAAUUCGAGACUUAUCUGGAGAAUGCCAAAAAGAUUGCCCUCUCCUUGCCGAGUAUCAACCAGCAGAUUAUCAAAAUUCCUGAAGAAAUAGACCCCGACAUUAUUAUUUUUCAUGUAUAA